AUGAAAUUGUUCAUAUUAGAUUUUCAACCUUUCAGCAUUGUGGAAGACAAGGGCUUUGUUGAAUUUCUUCAUGGUUUAAAUCCCAUUUACCAACUACGUAGUCGUAAGUACCUUUCAAAAACUUUACUGCCAUCAAUGUACGAGAAAGUUUUGAAUGAAACUAAAAUAAAAAUUACUGAAGAAGCAACAAGUGUAUGCCUUACUACCGACUGCUGGACAUCAAAAGCAAAUGAAUCAUAUAUGGCUAUAACAGCUCAUUGUGAAGUACUCCAUGGACAUCAUACCGCCAUAAACCUAGCAGGUCAAUUAAGGACAUGUGCAUCGACUUGGAACAUUACAGGCAAAAUAACCAUUGUCGUGUCUGACAACGCGAGUAAUAUAGUUUCCGCUAUCACGAGUGAGCUGAAUUGGCGCCAUUUUGGAUGUUAUGCACAUUGUUUAAAUUUAAUCGUCAAGAGUGGAUUAAACGUUGAAAAUUUGCAACAGACGAUUACCAAAGUGAAGACCAUUGUAGCUUUUUACAAACGUAGCGCUUUGGCCACAGAAACAUUUGUAAAAUAUCAAGUACAACAAUCAGAGGCGAAAACAGCAAAAAAACUUACUCUAUCUGUGGAAACUCAGUGGAACUCUGAAUUUCAUAUGCUGCAGCGGUUUGCUGAACUUAGAGAGGCUGUAACUGCAACACUUACACUCAGCAACUUCAAAGGUACAUAUCUUGAAGAAAAUGAUUGGAUAAUUAUUCAAGAUUUGCAGUGCGUGCUUAAACCCUUCGAUGAAGUGUCUAGAUAG